AUGGUGCAGGUAGAGGAGCCGCAGGACUACGUCGACGUGCUUCAGUCCCACCGUGGCGGGUUCAGCUUUGAGAAUUGCAAGAGAAAUGCGUACUUGGCAGCUCAGGCAGGAAUCAAGCCGCCCACCGCCAUGAAGUCCGGCACCACAAUCUGUGGCAUCGUUGUUAAGGAUGCAGUGAUCCUAGCGGCUGACACCCGAGCAACCAACGGGCCCAUGGUCGCAGACAAGAACUGCGAGAAGCUUCACUACAUCGCAAAGAACAUCUACUGUGCGGGCGCCGGCACCGCAGCGGACUUGCAGCACACCACGGAAAUGAUGGAGUCGCAGAUUGAGCUGCUGCGCAUGGCCACAGGUACUCAGCCGCGAGUCUGCACGGUCGUGAAACGAUUGAGCUCGAUGCUCUUCAAGUACCAGGGCUACAUCGGAUGUGCCUUAGUCCUAGGAGGAUUUGAUGUCACUGGGCCGCACCUGUACCAGAUCUACCCCCACGGAUCCACAGACAAGCUUCCAUUCACCACGAUGGGCAGUGGUUCCUUAGCCGCGAUGGCGAUCAUGGAAGCCGAGUACAACGAGAAUAUGAGCAUCGAGGAGGGCAAGAAACUAGUAGCCAAAGCAAUUCGCUCAGGCAUCUUCAAUGACCUGGGGUCCGGAGGCAAUGUCGACGUGUGUGUGAUCACCAAGGAUGCAGGCGGCAACAUUCUGAGGAACUACGAGAAGCCGAACGAGAGAAAGUUCCGCGCUCAGCACAAGGCCUUCCCCAAGGGCACCACGCCUGUGAUCAAAGAGACGAUCAUGAAGCUUGUGUCGGUUGAGACGGACGUCGUCAUGCGGGACUGA